GGUGCAUUUAAUGAGAAAAGAGCAAGUGAUCCAUCUUAAAAACAUGGAGUUAAUUUGCUUCAAAGAAUAAAAUUAAGUUUAUCCAAGCAGAUAUGUUACAUUUAUUAAGUUGCCAUGUUAACCAAAUACAAAUAAAGUAAGUUUGACUAAAUUAAUCUGAUUACAUUUAACAAAUUAACUCAAUUUCUUUUAAGUUGAAGCUCUGUUUUCUUUUUUCAGUGAACAUUAUCUCCCCAUGUUGAUCAUCUGUGCAGAUUAAUGAGUCGCUUUACACAAUUUUUACACUUUUAUUGUUAUUCUGAUUCAAAUUAGUCUGAUAAAUAAGAUGAUAAACUGGAUGCUGGUUUUGGAGCUGCAGGAUGUUGCAACUCAUUGGACUUCCUCUUUCAAUGGAAGAUUCAACAAAUUUACAUUUUCAGACUUUCUACUACACUGGAUGAUGAAAAGCAAAAUAACAUCUUUAGAUGGUUGUUCGUGUUUAAUGUCUAUUAUCAUAAAUUUGUUCUGCAAAACAAUCGGUCCAUAUCCUGUUUAAAAGAAGUUAACGGUAUGGAAACCACAUGACGUCAUGCGUGGUGGGUGUUGCUUUAUUCAUACUAACUAAAAGAAGGAAGUUACAUCGUCUUCACUUGAGGCUGAGAGAGUUGAACAGCGUCCGGCGGCCGCUGGACUGACAGGAAAUGGCCAAGCUGGAGAUAUUUCUGCUCUUUGUGCUGCAGCUUGAAGGUAUCAGUGGAGAUGAACCUAAUGUCUAUCACACAGUUGGAGACGAUGUUGUGUUACCUUGUGUUGGUCCAUCUUCUUCAUCGUGCCGCAGUGUUAUAUGGCUUUAUAACGACAUUCUUGACAGUCCGACUAAGUCCAAAGUCUCAGAUGGAAAAAUUAACCAGCAGUCAGUUAAUGCUGCCAGGCUGAGUUUGGACACUGACUGCUCUCUGGUCAUAAAGAGCAUCAUUCCUGAGGAUGCUGGACGUUAUAGCUGCCGGAGAGGAAACACAGACAGCCUAAUGUAUCUGAAUAUUUUAUCCAUCUCUCCAUCUCCACCAACUGGUGAUGCAGCAAAGGAUGGAAAUAUAAAUCUACAAUGUUCUCUGUGGAAAUAUUUUAUUACCCGUUGUUCAGAUAACAGAUUCAUCUGGAUAAAUGACGUUGGAGCUGAACUAGUUGGUGAAAAUGUCUCUGACCAGAAGACCAGUGAACAGAUCCAGUGUGUUUCCUCUCUGACUGUGAAGCCUCUGAAUAACAGAUACACCUGCCUGUUUUUUGAGGGAAACACAAUGAAGAUAGAAGCUCACUACACAGUUUUAUCUAGAGAUCAGACUCAGAUGUAUCCGAUCUACAUCAUUGGACCGGUUCUGGCAGUGGGGCUGCUGCUGGCUGCCAUCGCUGCUGUUCUCAUCAACUGCAGAAAGAGAACCAAAGAGUCAGACGAGCUAAAGAACUCCAGUUCAGACGUCAGAAAAGCAAACAGUCACAUUCACCAAAAUGCGGAGUUACCUUGCACUCUGACCUAUGCAUCGAUCGGCCAUUUUGGUCCAAACUCCCCUCACAGGGUCGCAGUUCAACACGAUGUCGUCACUUAUUCUGCUGUGAAGCCUAAAAUGGAGACGGACAUCGAUCCCAACAGUCUCUACAGUCGCGUCAGCAAACCAGAAUAAACCAGACAGGAUGACGUGAAUUAUCAUGACUUUUCAUUACUAAACAACUUAACAGGAAGUGGACAAGUACAUUUGUGCUUAAAUGGCUGUAUAGUUCUAGUUUAUUAUUAAGGAAGUGCAACUAUUUUUUUUUUUUUGCAUUUAAGAUUUCACCAUAGAAAAAACCUCAGUGAAAAAAGCUGCCAUUUCUGCUCUUUAAGAAGAAGUCGUAGCUAUUAGAAAACUACUUCUUAAUCAAAGGAGGAGAUCAAUAACCAAAGCUCAUCCUGGAAAUCCAUUUAAUUCCAUCAGUUAGUUGGAGGAUGUGGCUGUUUUACACUGGAAUAUAUCAAACAAAACAUCAGAUUAGUGGUUCUGCAUAAAAUAUUUAGAUUUUUAUUGUGUGAUAUGCAAUAAAAGUACCAAACAAAAUGUAGUUUGAUAUAAAAAAGGUAACUAAUGGUUGUUGUGAUUAGUUAGCUAAAGGCUACUUGCCUCAGACUCAUAGCAUCUGCAACAUCAGGAUUUAAUAAACCAGGUUUCCUGAAUCUGAUAUUUCCUGGAAGUGGUUGGGUAAUUUUCCCCACAAACAGAUUAUGUGUUUGCAGAAUGUUCUCACGUGGUUCUUACAUCAGAUUAAUCUGUCAUACACAAGAGGUUAACACCAAGUAUGCUAAUUAGCAUGUGGCUAACACAUUUAAAAACUGUUUGAUUUCUUUCACUCUUAUUAAGGAUCUUCACAUGGUGAGCAUCUUUUCCCAUCAAAUGUGACAAAUAUUAUUUUGACUUUUUUUGCCUUUAGUUGGAAAAUCUUAACAUGUUUCUGAAUUUUCUUAAAACUUGUUAAAUCUUAACUGAGUUUCUUUAUGAGCUCCAAAAUUAAGUGUUUGAAAAUCAACUAAUGUGUAGCCUUGGUAGAGAUUUUGCAAAAAUUUCAUUCUUCAUGUUUUUUUAACAAUAAGUUAUGUAAAAUAUAAAUGUAUAUCUGUGUUUUUUCUCUGUCUUAAUAAGAUUCUGAAUGCUUGUGAAUCCUGCAUCAACCACAGCAACAUAAUCUUUGUUAUUUUGCUGUGGUUGAAACCCCAAUGCCUUAUUUACCUUUUCUGACUUUUUACUGAAAAUAUGUGAAAGUUGCAUGGGAGGAGAUUUUUUGUGUUAUUUGUUGGUAAAACUGAGGAAAUAAUUGAUAGAUUAGUAAACAGAGUGGUUCUCUAAUCAUAAGCAUCAAUUAAUGAGAGACUUGCUCUCUAAAUACUACAAUAAACACGCACAUUUUGAAACAAUGCAACAUAAUUUCAACCUUUGGAAUGAUUAAAAAUUAAAAAAGAAAACAGUUUAAAGGUUGAGUUUUUAGUAAUUGUGUCUCUUUCUAGAUCAAAGUCAUUACUAGAGUAAUUGCUGCCAUGAACUCAAUGUACCAUUUUGUUUUCUUUUCCAUUAAAAACCUUUCUGACCAUUUGCUUCUGUCUCCUUUCUACCCUCUGCAGCCACAGUGCCUCAGAGCAGUUCAAAGGAAGCUGUUUCUUUCCACUGUCGCCACAUGCUUUCACACAAAGAAGGAUGGCUGGAAAUUUAAAGACGGUGCAUUCAGAUCACUUCAUCACCUAACAUUAAGAUCGACCGGGACUGUAGGGGACUAAAUCUUAAUAUGACAUCAUGACUUACUAGUUUUUAAAUUAAUUGGGUAUAAUGGAUUUCAGACUGACUGUAUUCUGUAUGAAUAGAGAUGAAUGAGUUUUUGUUGUAAAUUAGUCCCAUAUGAAUAAAAUGAACUGAACCUCU